CCGCCUUCUUCGCUCAUCCUAUUCAUCAUGGAAAAAUGGCCAAUUUUAUUAUUAUUUUUUGCUGUCUUUUGUUUUUCUCUACCACCUGUUAAUGCACAGUCAAUCCACGCUUCUGUAGAACGCCGAUAUGGACCUUUUUACUUUCAGCAGCCAAUUGACCAUUUUAAUCGUCACUCGGUGUCUUUUCAGCAACGAUAUUGGGCCAAUACCGAUUGGUAUCAAGAAGGAGCACCCGUUAUAUUGUAUAAUGCAGGUGAAGGACCUGCAGAUGAACGCGCAGCUUUUGUGACGAAUUCUUCCAUGGCGCUUUUGGCUCGCCAAUUACACGGAAUUGUCAUUGUCAUUGAACAUCGAUUUUACGGAAAAUCCAUGCCCUCGGCAAAUUUCUCAGUGGCCAGCCUGCAAACUCUGAAUACGCGACAAUCUUUGGAAGACAUGGCUUAUUUUAUAAAAAAGGUCGAGUUGCCGAAUCUGGCUGGGACCUUGCCACGUCCAGAGACGAAAUGGAUCAUGUAUGGUGGCAGUUACAGUGGCAAUUUGGCGGCGUGGAUGCGACAAAAGUAUCCGCAUCUCGUCUUUGCCGCCGUGGUAUCCUCCGCGCCAGUCGAAAUCCGAUACGAUAUGUACCAGUUCUUUGACACGAUGCGCCGAUAUGGACCCGUCGAAUGUAUCCGUAAAAUCCAGGCGGCCGUUGCGCACAUUGAUGCAAUAUUGUUUGGUCCAUUCGCCGAAUCAAAGAAGAAAAUAAAAUCAUUAUUUGGGGUGGCCGAUUUGGAUCAUGACGAUGAUUUUGCCGAGUUGCUCACACGACCGUUCAAAUUGUGGGAAACCAAAACUCCCACUGUGGAUCGUUUUUCCGACGAAUUUUGCGUGGCAUUUGACCAUGCCACCGACAUUUCCGAGUACAUUCACGCGUAUGCCAAUUAUAUACGAAAAAUGGUCGCAGAUCUAUGUGCUACGACCGCUUCCGUUCGUGAAUGCCUUAAUACACACAAUCCGCAAUCGCCCAUGUACACGAAUAUCACGGCCGUGAAUCGUGCGUGGAUGUGGCAACGGUGCACUGAGUACGCGUAUUGGCAAACCGCACCCCCAUUGUGGUACCCGUCGAUCGUGUCCCGAAAACUGACCACCGACUGGUAUCAGAAGCAAUGCCCGCUCAUGUUUGGGGAACACCACGUACCCGCACGGCCAGCGUGGCGCAUGAUGAAUCGAAUUUACAAAGGUUGGUAUAUCAGUCUCUCACGAGUCUUUUGGAUUGACGGGCAAUGGGAUCCAUGGCGAACCCUGGCUGUCAACAGUGACGAAGCGCCCGACCGAUCGCAUUGGAACGAAGACGCCUACUAUGCCGUACUCCCCCAGUCGGUGCACCAUUGGGAUUUUUACGUUUCUGAUACUACUUCUUCAUUCCAUAUUGAAGAAACUCACAAACAAGUGCACUAUGCCAUGUCGCAAUGGCUUCAAGAAGCGUAAACUUGCAACAACCAUCCUUUGUUUUUUCGGCAUUUAUUGGAUUUGUUUUUUUGAACGCUUUGCAUCAAAAAUUUUCAAAAAAUAGUUGACAAAGGUUCAAACCAAGAAAUAAAGUGAUACUCUUUUUUACUUGAGAGGAACGAAUCGGGAAGAGUGGGUGGCACCAAUACCGGGACGACCGUGACGAACGGGCUUGUAGGUGAUGGAGAAUUCACCAAGGUAGAAACCGACCAUUUCAGGUCUGAUUUCGACCUGGUUGAAGGUCUUACCGUUGUAGAUACCGACAACGGAACCGAUCAUUUCGGGAACGAUGAUCAUAUCACGGAGGUGAGUCUUGACAACGGCGGGCUUCUCGUCAGCAGCAGCUUCCUUCUUGGCCUGACGAAGCUUCUUGAUGAGACCCAUAGGCUUGCGCUUAAGACCGCGCUGGAAUCUUCUGCGAGCACGGCAGUGGACGAGCUCCAUGAACUAUUCAUGG